CAUUAAUACAAUAUUUCCUGUAUGGAUGCAAAAAAAAAUAUUAUGAUAUAAAUAAUUUAAUAGAUUCUUAUAGAUUAUCUUAUUGAUGAAACCGUAGACAUUUUUAUACGAUGAAAAUCAUUAUAUUAGAAGUAAGAAAUCCAUCGUUUGACCAAAGUGAAACUUUUGAUGACCAAUUCGGGCUAGAACCGGCCUAAAAUCUGAAUCCCGCAUUUUUUGUCAGUCUAUUAAUAGUCGAUCCAGGCAGCUCUUGUUUUCUGCAGCAACGUCGAUUUACAAGUUAACAAUUCACCAACUCCUUCGCAAUGGCGACUUUAUUGGGUAUUCAAUUAAUUAUUACAAUGAUAGCCAUUAAUCUAAUACAUCGUCUUAGUCCUAUUUAUUCAUUUGCUCGAUGGACACUAUGUUCCACAGGACUUGUACGUUACCUACACCCUACAGAUAAAGAGCUUAGACAGUUAUCAGGACUUAAAAAAAAAGAUUCAAAACUAAGUAAACGAACCAUACAUGUUCAAAAUGAAAAUAUUGAUAUAUUUCAAAUACCCAAAAAUUUAGAUAUUGAAUUGGUAAGUCAACCUAUUCAAGAACAUGAAAUAUAUCAGCUCAGAUAUUUUAUGGAAUAUCAAUGGCUAGUAAAUUUCUCUUUAUAUGCAGCUUUAGUCUAUUUAAGUACUGAAAUAUACUCCUAUUAUUCACCAAUUGAUAAUGAAAUUAAUCUAAGUAUGCUAUGGUGUUCAAUUGUCAUCGUUUUUGCAUUCAAAAUUCUCAUGUCUCUAACUUUAGAAUACUUCCGUGGUGGUUUUGAAUCAUCAGGUGAACGUUCAACUGUAAUAGUUGCAGCUUGUGUUUAUUUAGUGAUUGCUAUGAUUAUUUUAGUCAUAGAUGAAUCUAAACUUGAUGUUCGGUUGGAUACUGCAUAUAAAAGCUUUAAUGCAACUUCAACAGCAUUUUUACACAACCAUGGCUUAUCUUCACAGGGUCCUGCAUCAAAGUUAAUUGUAAAAUUUUUCCUAGCUUUAUGGUGUGCAAUUACUGGUGCUAUGUUUGUAUUUCCUGGAAUACGUACAGCUAAAAUGCAUUGGGAUUGCCUUAAAUAUUAUGAAUGCAAUGAGCUGCGUGGCAAAUAUUUCUCUUUUAGUUCAACUUUCAUUAAAGGUUUUAUGAAUUUUAGUUUAAUUACUCAUUUUUUACUCGUUCUACUUUGGGUAAAACCAAUAGCAGUAGAUUUAUUGACUGCAAAAAAUCUUUCUGGAUUAAAUAAACCAUUAAUUACAUUAGAACAGUUUGAAAGCUUAAGAUGUUGGAUAGUAGUAUUAGUGGUGUUUCAAAGAUUAUAUCUAAUGCCUAUGUUUAUGCAAGCUUAUCUUAAUAUGGCUCAAGAGCGUUUGGAACAACAAAAAAAAGAAGCUGGAAGAAUUACUAAUAUAGAUUUACAAAAACAGGUGUCUGUGAUUUUUUACUACACAUGUGUUGUAGUGUUACAAUAUGUCAUACCGCUUGUAAUGAUGUUGUUCUUCAUAUUUUUUUAUAAAACAUUAGGUAAUUUCAGUUGGGUUCAAGUUAUUGUGAACUCUUCUUCAACAAUAAAUAAUAGUAAUCAACAUUCAUUACUUGAAACUAACCUGGCAUAUUUUUCUAUUCAGUCAUUAAAACAAGUAUUAACUGAAGAUGUCUAUCGAGGAAUAUUUGGCUUUGCUACAUGGUGGAUAUGUUUUUCAUGGUUUCUUUCUCUGUCAGUUGGUAUAUUCUAUCAAUCUUACUUAUCACCUAAGUAAUAACCUAAUUAAAAGUGUUUGUUUUUAAAUAUAAUAAUAUAAUUCCUAAACAUAAUUUUUGUAAGCAAACAAAAAUUUUAAGGUGAUUUUUAAAGACAAAACAGACAAGCAAGAAACGUUUGAGUCAGUCAAUAUUAGGAAUAUUUAGUAAAAUUAAAUUAUUUGUAUUGUUAAAAAUAUAAGGUAAACUUUUGUAUAUUAUAUAUACUUCUUUAG